AUGAGUUGCAGUAGUGUGGCAGGAUCAGAGUUCUCCGAGGAGGAGCUGGAGCUUGGCAUGCUAGGCCAAGUUGAGGAUGAGAGAAGUGACAGAAGCCCCAAGGUGCCCUUUCAAGACAGUGAAGGCUCAGCCAGCAGCCCAAGUGAACCAGAAGAAGGCCAGACCAAGAAGCGCAAUCGGCCUGUCCGCUCAAAGGCUCGACGAGUGGCCGCCAAUGUCCGCGAACGGAAACGCAUCAUGGACUACAACCAGGCCUUCAAUGCCCUUCGUGUUGCCCUCAACCAUGACCUCAGUGGCAAGCGUCUCUCCAAGAUUGCCACUCUGCAGAGGGCCAUCAACCGCAUUUCUGCUCUUUCUGUGUUCCUGAGCUCGAACCCUCCCAGCAAGCCCUGCAGCCACCGGGAGUGCAACAGGUCAGCUGUGGGCCCAGCUCCAAUGGGAGCAUCUCGGCUGGAGCAGACCAGGGUGACGGCUCCUUGCCUGGAGCCCCAGAGUUACGUCCCAUGGCACGCGUCCAUCUCUCAUCAGAUGCAGCCCCAGCAAGGCCAUCACCACAGGCUGCCUGGUGAUCCACACAUCUACAUGGAUAACGUCGGCUCGUCAUGCCCCCCAUCACCGCACUACCCUUGUUAUCCCACUGAAGGACAGCUUUACACCUCACAUGGACACUGUGGCAGCCCUCCUGACCAUCCGCCAAGCCCUCUCAGAUACCCUCAGGUAGGAGAGGGCUUGGGAUACCAGCCAGGGGUGUGGGCCUCCUGCACCCAAGGCUACAUGGACACUUUUAUGGAGCCCUCUCCGGCACUGGGGCUUCCCUGGCAGAUGAGCUACCUGCAGGAGCCAGGCACCCAGCACAGCCUGUCCUUACUCUGA